GAGCCGAGGCGGUUCGGAAGCCGGGAUGUCGGCGGCCGCGAGCGACUGAACGUCUGAGCGACUCGGGCCGAGUCCGCCGAGGGAGAGACGGAGCCGCGCGCUCCCGCGUUGCCAGCCGCAGCCGGGGAGCCGGCGCUCCGGCCGCGAUUUGAAGCGGCGGCGGCAACGGAUCGCUCCCCGCCUCGCUCCCUCCCCUUCGACUCCUCUUUAAACCCGAGCCGGCCGGCCGGAUGAUGCCCGCGCCGAGCGGCUGACGAAGAAGAGACGGGUCACCCUUCGGGGCCGGGAGAGCCCCGCUUCUGCACGGCAGGUGUCCGCCCGCUGAACUUUCUGUCCUGCGCGGCCGGGCUGGAUCUACCGCGCCGAAAGCCAUCGCUCUCGCGCCUCCCGGCCGGCCGGACCCGUAGAGAUUAACGGAACGGCCGUAGCUCCCGAGUCCCCCCGGGGUUCGCUCCUCCGGCCCCGUGGCGAGGGCGGCGGGACGUCUGCACGGGCGGGAGGGAGGAAGGCUGCGCUUCUCCUCGCCGCGUCUCCUCCGCAGGGGAGGGGAGGCCGAUGAGCCCCCGCGACUGCCCUCGGGGCACGACUUCGGUGCGCUCCGGGCGUCCGUCCGCAGCGUGGAUGUGAGUCGCACGAGAGGGGAUGCUCCAGGCUGCCUCUGCCCAGUGACGACGGGCGGCUGCUCCGGGGCUUCGGCGUGGACUCGCGCUCAAGGGCUUUGCCUGCGGUGAAGAUGUCCAUGGUGUUCCCGUGAAGCUGAGGUAUGGCUGCUGGAAGGUUGCUGCUGUAUGCUGGCCUCUCUUUAGCUUUGUGUGCCCUGGGCAUGCUGGCUGUGGCGAUCUGCUCUGACCACUGGUACGAAACUGAUGCCCGGAAGCACAGGGAGAGGUGCAAAAGCAUCACCACUAAGAGAAAUGAUCCUGGCUUUAUUUACAACUCCAACAACAACCUGCCUCUCAGGGCCAGCAGGUCGAGGUUGGACCGCUGGGAAGGGAAACUCCUCUUGGCAAGGAACAGGAGGCAGAUCUUUGCCAUGAGCGCGGUCGACGAGUGCAACAGACAGUACAACUCAACCAACAUGGGGCUCUGGAGGAAAUGCCACCGACAAGGAUUCGACCAAGAGCUGGAGGAGCUGAUUGCCAAAGGAGCAAUUGAGCGGUGCUCAUACAUCAAGUACCACUACUCCUCAGCGACCAUUCCCAAGAACCUCACCUACAACAUCACCAAGACAAUCCGCCAGGAUGAGUGGCAUGCCUUGCAUCUGCGCAGGAUGACAGCUGGCUUCAUGGGCAUGGCUGUGGCCAUCAUCCUCUUCGGAUGGAUUAUCGGGGUGCUGGGGUGCUGUUGGGAUCGAGGCCUUAUGCAAUAUGUGGCGGGGCUUCUCUUCCUCAUGGGAGGAACCUUCUGCAUCAUUUCACUGUGCACGUGUGUGGCUGGAAUCAACUUCGAGCUCUCCCGCUUCCCCCGCUACCUGUAUGGACUUCCCGACGACAUCAGCCAUGGCUAUGGCUGGUCCAUGUUCUGUGCAUGGGGGGGCCUGGGCCUCACUCUUAUCUCUGGCUUCUUCUGCACUCUGGCCCCUUCUGUCCAACCUGUCCCCAGGACCAACUGCCCCAAAUCUAGACCUGAGAAUGGGACAGUGUGCUAAAAAAAUAGCCAACAACAGAUACACACACACACGUAUAUAUAUAUAU